ACCCUAUUUGUAACCCCUAACCACACACGAUUGGUCGGUCACGUUUCAAAUUCGGGGCUGACGCUGUCACACACACUGACACACACGCAGAGUCUUUAAGAGAUUGAAUUCGAACGGACGGCUCCGUUCCGAUAAGGCCAUUCUUCCACACGAUGGCCUCGUCGAACGCCACCUCCACCUGCUUCUCUGCAGCUCCUGCUUUCCUAUACUCCAGUUACGGCCUCAGGCGUAGCCAUGUUGGAACUACAACGCUCAUGAGGACAAGCAGGAUGAGGGGCUCCCUGAGGACGCGCAUUUGCGCCAAACUUGGCGAGAAGAGCGCCUUGCAGUAUAAGAAGCUCGGGGACUCCGACCUCGUGAUUAGCGAAAUUACUUUUGGAACCAUGACAUUCGGAGAGCAAAACACAGAGAAAGAAGCUCAUGGAAUGUUAAGUUAUGCAUUUGAGCGUGGCAUUAAUGCUCUAGACACUGCCGAGGCUUACCCAAUUCCAAUGAGGAAGGAGACACAAGGAAAAACUGAUCUCUUUAUUGGUAGCUGGCUCAAGUCUCAACCUCGUGACAAGGUUAUUUUGGCCACAAAAGUAUGCGGUUAUUCAGACCGGUCAAGUUAUAUACGAGACAAUGCCAAGAUUUUACGGGUCGACGCUGCAAAUAUUAAAGAAAGUGUAGAGAAAAGCCUUAAGCGCCUCGGCACCGAUUACAUUGAUUUAUUGCAAAUUCAUUGGCCAGAUCGCUAUGUGGCAUUGUUUGGUGAGUUUUCGUAUGAUCCUGCAAAAUGGAGGUCAAGCGUGCCAUUUGUGGAGCAACUGAGGGCUUUCCAAGAACUUAUUGAGGAAGGAAAGGUACGCUACAUUGGUGUCUCCAAUGAGACUUCAUAUGGAGUGAUGGAGUUUGUUCAUGCAGCGAGAGUUGAAGGGCUGCCAAAGAUUGUCAGUAUCCAAAACAGCUACAGUUUGCUAGUUAGAUGUCGUUUUGAAGUUGAUCUUGUAGAAGUGUGCCACCCAAACAAUUGCAAUAUUGGUUUACUGGCUUAUUCUCCAUUGGGUGGUGGAUCACUGACCGGUAAAUAUAUAGAUAGCAAUUCUGAACCUGCACGAAAAGGAAGGCUGAAUCUCUUCCCCAGCUACAUGGAAAGAUAUAACAAAUCUGUUGCCAGGGAAGCAACGAUAGAAUAUCUAGAGUUGGCCAAGAAGCAUGGACUAACUCCAGUCCAGCUCGCUCUUGGUUUUGCACGAGAUCGACCAUUCAUGACCAGCUCAAUCAUUGGUGCAACCUCUGUCGAACAGCUAAAGGAAGACAUUGAUGCUUUUCUAAUAACUGAGCGGCCUUUGCCACCAGAAGUGAUGGCAGAUAUUGAAAAUAUUUUUAAAAGAUACAAAGAUCCUGCCAUCCUUUGAGAGUCAGUGUAUCGUUUUCUUAUUUACUUGAUCAUAACCCUCAAUGUUCUGUAUUUUUUGGCUGGUUUACACGAUCAUAAAACUCUAUUCUUUCA